AUGGAAUUCUCGGGUGGUAAAAGAGAUGUCGUAGAUCCUGAAGUUAGAGCUUAUGUGAAUAGUUUGGUUACAGCAUUGGGAGGGAGCGGAGCAGAUGAAGAUGGACGAUACGUACUAGGAGAUGAUGCAUUGGCAUGUUUACGAGAUCUCAAGAAAUGGUUGAAGCUCUAUGAUGAAAAAGCAAAUCGAUUAGACGUCGCAAGAUGUCUCGCAGAAUCCAAUUUAGUGGGAGGAGAUCUUCUACAAAUCCUCGCAGCAUGGCCCGAGAAUGCCACGGACGAUCGAUUGAAAUCGAAGAUUGCUUUGGCAUGCCUGGAAGUCUUGGUACCAUUAACUUGGCCGUUAGAAAAGAAUAAGGAAAUGACGGUUAAUCAUCAUCGACAUAUACCAUAUUUAGAGAUUGCGCAAGUAGGAUAUAAGAGGUCGAUUCUUGGGUUUGAUGGAGCGAGAAUAUUACACACUGCGGUUAGAUGCGCGCUGCCGGCAAUGGCGGAGGAUAUUGGGGACCGAAGUACAAGAGAUCAGGGCAUUAUUAAAUUGCUUCUAUACUUUCUGCGGAACAUUGCCAUGAUUUCACCUCCACCAAAUGGUCAAUAUGAAGGUGAUGAAGCGGAAAUAUCGAGGUCCGCAACAAUCGAUGCUUUCGACUAUCAAGAUAUAUUCCAUCUUCUUUUAACGUUAUCUUCGACCAUGGGGGAGGAUUUCAAUACCCAAGAUGUUGUGGUCAUGGACGUUAUCUUCCAUUUGAUUAAGGGAGUGGAUGUCGAGAAAUUAUUCUUCAGCGAAAAGGCAAUGGAUAAUAGUAAGACGGAUGAACUAAUCAGACUACGAAAGAAGGAACAAGCAAUGCUCCGAAGUUAUCAAACAAAUGCUCCCACGAGGCAUAAUCGAUUCGGAACAAUGGCUUGGAUGCAAAGAGAUGACGCGAAAAUGACAACGAUUUCUGGCCAGGCUGCUUUAAGAACCGGUAGAGGAGGACUGGACAAGAUGGAUAGCACUAAAAAGUUUAAGCCACCUAGAAGAGCGGUCAAAGGAGAAAGUGGACCGCUGGCCUUUGAUAAUCCAGUCCCUCUCAAUGCAUCAGCAACCAAAAAUUUACGAGCAUUUGUCGAAGAGUUCCUCGAUUCCGGUUUUAAUCCACUCUUCACACAUAUCAGAAAGGCAAUUGAUAGAGAAGCUGAAAGAGUUCUUGAUUAUCAUCACCGACAGUUUUUCUAUCUCAUAUCGUGGUUUCUUGAGGCCGAAAGAGUAAGGAGGAAGAAUAAAAAACCUUCUAAAGCUAAAGUGCCAGAAGAGGUGGAUAGUUUUGCCCUCGUUGCUAGUGUUCUCAACCAAGAGAUGUUCAUUACGCUCAACAGGGCGAUGGAUUUCAAUUAUGAGAACAAGAAUUGGUAUGAUUUAAGUGCUGGUAUGAAAUGUUUCACGCAAAUCCUCCUCACGGUCCAUGAAAUGGCAGACUCGCGUCUUGAAGAUGAUCAGGAGAUUGCAGAAAAUAUUCUUGCUCGCAUAUUUUAUGAAGACACAACUCACGAUCGAGUGGCGAUGAUUACUCGGACAUAUAAAGACCAAGGAUUUGGUUAUCUAGAUUCUUGUACAGAGCUCACGCACAAUUAUAUGCGUAUCCUGGAACAAUACUCUAAACAGAAUGUGGAUAUGCAAGUAAGAUCUCGAAGACGCACGAGGACAAAGAAGAAGGCUGCGAUAGAUGCAGGUGAGGACCAAGGUGAUGACAAUAUAGUUGACGAGUCUGAGGGCGAUGAUGAAGCACGAGCACAGAAAGAAUCUUCCGAGCGAAAGUUUGAUUACAAACGCUUUGCAGCUAAAUUUCUUUCACAAGGAUGUAUUGAUACCUUUGUAUCAUUCACGAAGUUCUAUCUUGAUCUCAAACCAGCGCAAUUAAAACGAGCUCAUCGAUUUUUCUAUCGGGUGGCUUUCAAACAGGAUAUGAGUGUUAUGUUGUUCAGAGUGGAUAUCAUCCAUUUGUUCUAUAUGAUGAUCAAAGGUCCUGGGGGACUAGAUCCUCAAUCUCCCUGUUACAAAGAAUGGGACGAAAUGGUAAAGCAACUUUUGAAGAAAUGCACCAGGAAAAUUCAAGAGCGACCAGAACUCGUAGUGGAAAUGCUGUUUUCUAAAACCAAUAGCACUGCGCAUUUCAUCGAGUACGGCUAUGUAAAGCAGACAAUAGCGGCCAAUCCCAGAGCUGCUGCGGAACUAGAAGUCAAGGGCGGAUUGGAAUGGGAAGAUCAGAUCGGUGUUGCUGUUGGAGCCUUGCUUGAUAGGAAUGAGGCAGAUCAUAUUGAAUGGGUCAAGUCACAAUUAUCCUCUGCGGAGAGUGAGAGGAGGAGCUGGGAGGCGGCGAAUCAAGCUUUGCAAUCCGUGGAGAAAGAUCCUUUUGCGGAGGAUGAAGAGACCCCUGCAGCGGAGGUGGAACCACCAAAGGCUCCCACCAUACUUCUCAACCCAGAUAACGACGAUCGGAAAAAAGCCAUGUUUAAAAAUGGUUAUUUGCGCCUGUUAAUGAAGCUUGUCGGACUCACACAUUUUGGAGCUGCUGAUGAUCCAGAUACCUCCUGGAUUGUCCCGUCCUCAAAGUCCGCAGAUCAAAUCAAAGAAGCCCUUGAUUUAGUUAAAAAAUUUGAGUUCGCCCCACCAACGUUUGACGAUGAUAAAGGGGCACUUGAUCAAAUCAGAAGAGUAUCUGCUGGCAUGAAUAGGAAACGCGCGGUAUUUGAUGAUGAAUCAGAUGAUGGCAUUGACGACGAUGAAGAGGAACUACUCUUCGAACCUGGCGGGCCAACAGCAGUGAAGAAAUCUGAUGCACUAAAGGCUCUAAAGAAAAAUCGAAGAAGACGCAGAAAUGAAGGAAGCAAAGAACCCGAAAGUCGCGGACUAACGAAUGAACAAAUAGAAGCACGUGCAGCAGCUAGGAGAGCAAGGGAGUUAGAGAAGAAUCGUAAGAUUAAGAGUGAAUUAUAUGUCCGUGACAGUGAUGAGGAUGACGAGGAAAAUGAUCGAAUUUUCUUCGAAGCGGAGGAGAGAUUGAGACAAAAGAAUAAAAUUAAUAUUAUGAAGGAGUUGUUAGGGGUUGGUCAGCAGAAGGAAAAUGGGAAGAAGAGAAUGGCGGAGAAGGAGGCUCUGGAGACGGAUACACCGAUUUCAAGUCCUCAUCGAUCAGCGCAACCGAAGAGACGAAAAGUUUCAAGUGAUGAUGAUGAAUCGUUGAAGAAAAAGGCAACGGAGAUAGAUGAUGAGGAUGAAGGAAAUAUCGUGCCAGUGGCGAACCCAAGGAGACCGAGAGUUAGAGCGGGCUUUAUUAUGGAUAGUAGUGAUGAUGAAUGA